UCUGUCAAAUUUAUUUAAUGAACCAUGAACUUGAAUUACAAGUUAAUUACUUUAUAUUUAGGGUGAUUGGUGUUGUAUAUAACUAUAUAUAAAUGACCUUUUACCUUUCUUCUUUCUUUGUAUCUACGUCUUGAACUUGUUCUUUCGUAAAUCCAUGCACUAACGGAAUUUUCAAAUUACGGUCACUGUCUUUCCUUUCCUUCUGUUCUAACUUUCUCGCCAAACCCUCUGUAAACCUUUCUUUUCUUUCUCAAGAAGAACGUUUCUUCAUGGCUCGUGAAAUUGGUGAUAUAAAGUACGAUGAGGAGUAUGUUUUGAAUGGUCGAGGAAUGAAACUGUUUACGUGUAGUUGGGUUCCUUUUAAUCAAGAACCCAAAGCUUUAAUCUUCAUCUGCCAUGGCUACGCUAUGGAGUGCAGCAUCACCAUGAACAGCACUGCAACUCGGCUGGCAAACGCAGGUUUCGCUUGUUAUGGAAUAGAUUAUCAAGGCCAUGGAAAAUCAGAUGGGUUGGAAGCUUAUAUCACUAACUUCGACGAUCUGGUUGAUGAUUGCUCAACCCAUUUUACUAACAUAUGUGAGAGGAAAGAGAACAAAGGGAAGAUGAGAUAUUUGUUGGGGGAAUCCAUGGGAGGAUCCAUGGCUCUUCUUUUACACAGAAAGAAAGGAGAUUAUUGGGAUGGUGCUAUCUUGGUGGCGCCAAUGUGUAAGAUUGCUGAUGAAUUGAAGCCACAUCCUGUUGUUAUCAGCGUUCUCAACCAGCUUUGCAAGAUAAUCCCAACAUGGAAAAUUAUCCCAACUCAAGAUAUAGUUGAUGUUGCAUUUAAAAUGCCUGAGGUUAGAGAAAAGGUUAGAGCAAAUCAAUACUGUUACAAAGGGCGUCCGCGGUUGAAAACUGGUCAAGAACUUCUCAGGGUCUGCAUAGAUCUCGAGCAGAAUCUUCAAGAGGUUGCAUUACCAUUCAUGGUUCUGCACGGAGAAGAUGACAGAGUGACCGAUCCAGGCGUUAGCAAGCAACUUUAUAACGUAGCAUCCAGCGCGGACAAGACGUUAAAGCUUUAUCCGGGGAUGUGGCAUGGUCUGCUCUACGGCGAGCCCUUGGAAAAUAUCGAGAUUGUAUUCAGAGACAUUAUCCAUUGGUUAGAGGAGAAAGUUUCCAUGGGAAAUUCAAGACUGGAAAGGGAGCUUAAACAUGCUCAUGAUGAUUUAAAAAACAAUGUAUAAAAGUUUAUUCUGUAGAUAAAAUGUGAUAAAUUAAGGCAUUAUAGGGCUCAAAGAAUAUGGCAAACUCCCCAAGCUAGCUUGAGAUUUGGAUAAAGUGUUGAAAGUUUGAGAUGGGGUCAGGCCUGGCAUCUUUAGUUAACUAUGCAAUAACUGUAUUAUUAUUAGUUUUAUGAAAAGAUUAUCUUCAAGAAUUGGUAUUAAUCAAAACAGUUUACUUCCUGAA